CCCCGCACCGCCUUAUUCGGGUCGAGACCCCUGGGCCCCCGGCGCCCCCUCCCGAUGAGCGGAUCUCCGGACUUCCCGCCAGCAGCGACAGGCUGGCAAUCCUAGAAGACUAUGCGGACCCAUUUGACGUUCAGGAGACCGGUGAGGGCUCAGCAGGGGCUUCAAGAGCCCCAGAGAAGGUUCCUGAAAACGAUGGCUACAUGGAACCGUAUGAGGCCCAAAAGAUGAUGGCUGAGAUCCGGGGCUCCAAGGAGACAGCGGCUCAGCCCUUGCCUCUAUAUGACACACCCUAUGAGCCAGAGGAGGAGGGGACCACCCCCGAGGGCGAGGUAGCCCCAUGGCCACGGGAGUCCCGCCUGCCUGAGGAUGAUGAGAGGCCCCCCGAGGAGUAUGACCAGCCCUGGGAGUGGAAAAAGGAGCGGAUUUCCAAAGCCUUUGCAGUUGACAUUAAGGUCAUCAAAGACCUACCUUGGCCUCCGCCCGUGGGACAGCUGGACAGCAGCCCCUCCCUGCCUGAUGGGGACAGGGACGUCUCCGGUCCAGCCUCACCCCUCCCUGAACCCAGCCUGGAGGACAGCAGCGCCCAGUUUGAAGGAUCGGAGAAGAGCUGCCUGUCACCUGGCCGGGAGGAGAAGGGGCGGCUCCCUCCUCGACUCUCUUCAGGGAAACCCAAGUCUGCCAAGCCCCUAAGCGUGGAGCCCAGCAGCCCCCUGGGGGAGUGGACAGAUCCAGCACUGCCUCUGGAAAACCAGGUCUGGUACCACGGGGCCAUCAGCCGAACAGACGCCGAGAACCUGCUCCGGCUGUGCAAAGAGGCCAGCUACCUGGUGCGCAACAGCGAGACCAGCAAGAAUGACUUCUCCCUCUCCCUCAAGAGCAGCCAGGGCUUCAUGCACAUGAAGCUGUCUCGGACCAAGGAACACAAGUACGUGCUGGGCCAGAACAGCCCACCCUUCAGCAGCGUCCCUGAAAUCGUGCACCACUACGCCAGCCGCAAGCUGCCCAUUAAGGGGGCCGAACACAUGUCCCUGCUCUACCCCGUGGCCAUCCGGACUCUGUAGAAAGGCCGGGGCGCUGUGACAGACCCGCACCCAGCCCUGUGCCCAGCUCCCGGCCAAGGGCUGCGGCUCUUCCUGGGACAUGAUCUGGCAGCCCUUUCUUCCUCUUUUCCUGGGAUCCUGUAGAAGCUGGAGAGUCUUAAUUUAUUCUAAGGGGAAGGGCUAUUGAGGCCUUGGGGCUGGGGACAGAAGGAACCCUGAAAAGGAAGGCUGUAGCCCCCGGAGGAGAGGGGCUCCGGAGCGGCUGGUCUCUGGAGUUUGAGUUGGGCAUCUACAGCCCCUUUCUGGCCCAAGGGCAGAGGUGGCCACCUCCUCCUCCGCCACGUUGUCCCCACUGGGAACCUGCGAGGUGGCGCAGGACGCGAGCCGUGGGGCGCACUGGUCUCUCGGCUUCCAUCUCCGAACCACCAGAGAGCUCCGCCCAGGACGAUGCGGGCUGGGAAGAGGCAGACCCCUGGGAUGGAGACGGCAUUGGGGGGUGGGGAGACAGGGCAAGGGCUCGGGCCGUAGGGAACUUGUGCAGUCCCCGGCCGCCCCGGCUCCGGGCCAGAGGCAAUAAAUAAACCCGAUCCUGCCAGGCACAGCCGCGUCCGCGCCUCC